AUGGGAAAACCACAAACCAUCGCUAAGCCAGAACACACCCAAACACCCCUGAACAUGUGCAGCAGAAUGGAGUGGAGAUUCAUGACAUUUUAUCGGUCUUUGACCCCUGCAACAUUGCAAACCGCUCAAACAAUUGCUGCUCCAUUUGAAGAAGACGAGCAGGAGGCGGCUGUUUCGGAGGAAGAUUUGGAGGAAGAUGAGUAG